AUGGCACCCACCGCCCUGAACACAACUCCCAAAAUCCAUGCCCUCCUCAAAGAACUGCAUAAUAAAUCCCUGACUCAAGAAUCAACCCUGAACUGGCCAACCCUCCCAGCACGAUGCACAACCGAAUUUGACAAUAUCAUGCGCGACAAAUUCAUCGCGCUGGAUCAAGACAAGUGCGAACUGGUGUACCAUGUCCUGCGCAGCAUCAACGCCACAAACGUCGUUGAAGCCGGUACCAGUUUCGGUGUUAGCACUAUCUACCUCGCACUUGCUGUUGCUGAGAAUGCCAAGCGUGCUGGUGGUCAGGGAAAGGGUGUGCCUAGGGUGAUUGCUACCGAGAAGGAGGAGACCAAGGCUACCUUCGCACGGGGCCAUUGGGCUGCUGCUGGUAAAGAAGUUGAUGAAGUUAUUGAGCUUAGAGUCGGGGAUUUGAGAGAGACUCUCACUAAGGAGCUUGGGGUUGUAGAUUUCUUGUUACUUGAUAUCUGGACGCCCCUCGCCCUGCCCGCGCUGAAGUUGUGCCAGCCGUAUUUCCGUCCCGGCGCGGUGAUCAUUGCUGAUAACACUGCUAUGCUGGGUGAUCAGUAUCAGGAGCUAUUUGAUUAUGUGGAUGCUGAGCGGAGUGGGUUCCGCCGGGUGACAAUGCCCUAUAGUGGCGGUAUUGAUAUGAUUGUUUAUCAGUAG